CGGUGUUGUAGCUCAUUCUGUCCCCGGCUUUCUAAGAAGCCACAUCAAUAAAUAUAUUUUCUGAAAAUAUUAACUGAAAACACAAAAUGUGGCUCGAAGUUGAGCCACCCAAUAUGCUAGGUUCACUGGAUGUGAAUAGCUCCACUGGCUUUAGCUUUGACAACUGUGUUCGUAACCGGGACUUGGUUAAGGAGGGGAUUGAGGGACCCAACGUAGUCAGCACUGGCACCACCAUUGUGGGCCUCACAUAUCGCGAUGGCGUAAUGAUUGCCAGCGACUCCAGAUCCACUUCUGGCUCUAUUAUUACUUUCAAGACUACUCGCAAGAUUCAGAAGAUCCAGGACCAUAUUUAUGCCGGUGGAGCCGGAAUGGCGGCUGACAUUUCUGCCCUGCUCGAUCUGACCCAUGCCCAGAUGAACCUUCAUCGAAUGAAUACCGGUGACCGUUUGGUGCCCGUACGCUGCGCCAAUCAGUUCCUGAAGCAUGUCCUCUACCGCUUCCGGGGCGUCCUCGGGGCCAGCUUCAUCAUCGGCGGCGUGGACAAGGAAGGAGCACAUCUGUUCUGCACUCGAUUCGACGGCACCACCGACAUCCUACCAUAUGCCACCAUCGGAUCGGGAGGAAUGGCAGCCAUGGGUGUACUGGAGACCCGUUACAAAUGCCGAAUGAGCGAGUCAUCGGCCCGUCGUCUGAUCAAAGAAGCCGUCCACUGCGGCAUGGAAAACGACUUGUAUUCUGGGAACGAAAGCCACAUUUGCACCAUCCGCAAGGACUACUCGGUGAGCUUUGAAGUCGACAGCACUGAGGACGAUUGUGUCGAUCGCGACAUUGCCAACAUAAGGAUCAAGCCGGGCUCCACCAGGAUCCUGAAAACCGUCGUGCACUGGGUCGCCGAUAUGUACGACAAUAUUGUGUACACCCUUCCCAGGGACUGCGACAGUUGGUAUCCGGUUCCGCGACACAAGCAGGGCGAGGUGGAAAUAUGGCGCAACGGGCGGGGACCGACAAGGCUCUUUGUGCCAUUUGGAGAGACUAGGCCAGCAACGGGAGCUCGGCCUGGACAAGGAGCGACCCAAGGAGCCCCGAACCCGAGGGCAGUCCGAAAGGUAAGGUCUGGCACUCGUCCGGGUGCAGUCCCCCGCAAACUUCCUGCCGGAGGUGCCACCAAUAAAAGAGACAAGUGCUCUAGGACUCCCGAAUGCAGGCGUUCUACCAAAAACACCAAUCGUAAAGCCGGAGGUAAACGCAGCCCGAGUCGUCGGAAUGGAGGGCGUUCCGGAGGUCACAAGAAACGUACUAGCCGUAGGAAGGAUGCCGAACAAGGACUCCAAAAUGAAGGCCCAAAGGAGGGAUCUGUGAAGAUCCGCUCAGACGAUGGGGAAGACACCGAACGCUCAUCUGAAGGUACUGAGCUAGAAAGUCUUGAAGAAUCCAGUGGUGUAGAAGACAAUCGUGUCUUAGGCGACAGCGAAGAUAGCUUUAAAAGUCUGCACAGCUCAGACCACAGCGAGAUGGACCUUGGCCCAGAAGACAGUGCAGAGAAGAAGAGUGGCUCAGAAGAGUUCGUAUACAGCGACAUGGAAGAGUGGGAUGGACCUACCGAUGUGGGGCAGGAACCAGUGGAUGGAUUCGAUAGGAACACUCAAAAACAGGAAUGGGUUGAACGUAGACGUCAACGACGCAGGCAGAUAAUGAGACUGAUAGGAUGUCGAACAGGAGCCGGUGCAGCCCCAGGUGGAGACGGUGGGGAUGAUCCAGGACGCGGCGGAAGAGGUAAUGGAAACGGAAGGGGCGGUGGUUCCGGUAGACGCGACGAUGACGAUGAAGAAAAGAAGAAUGCCGAAAAGAAGAAGGCCAAGGAAAAGAGAAAGAAGAAGAAAAAGGAGAGAAGGGAGGCCAGAGAAAGGCUAAAAAGAGAGGCUGAAGAAAAGAAAAGAAAAGAAGACGAGGAAGAACAGAAAAAGGCUGAACAAAAUAAGAAAAGGGCUGAAGAGAAAAAGUCUGAAGACAAGCCUCAAGACAAGCCUCAAGACAAGCCUCAAGACAAGCCUAACGAAGAGAAGAAAGAUGAAGACAAGUCUGAGGCUGAUGAAGAAGAGGAGAAUGCAGAGAGCAGCCUCUUGAUCUCCCCAAGUCGCCCACUGAAGAGGCGGCACAGCAGCGACGCGGACGACGAGGACAGUGACGACGACGAGAAGCCUCAACCCGCCAAACGGGCCCGUUUUUAGGGAAGGACUUGCUCCACCCAAGCCUCCCCCAGUUAAUAUUUUCCAUGGUUUAUAAUUUUUGGUAUUGCUCGCAUAAAUUCUACGAUCUUCGGAUCAAAACGUAA